AUGUCUCACAUUACAAGACUGGAUAUCUUAAUAUCUAUUGAGGGUAUAAAAACCCAUUUCAUAUUUCCUGAAAACAAAUAUUACCACGUUUCUAUACAGAAAUUGUCGAUAACCUAUCUGAAAUUCGGUUGUUCUGUUUAUCUAUCUAUCUAUCUAUCUAUCUAUCUAUCUAUCUAUCUAUCUAUCUAUCUAUCUAUACAUAGACAUCUCCCACUGUGUUCGUUUACUAUUGAUGUAUCUAUCUAUGCAUCUAUAAAUAGAUAUCUCUUAUUCUGUUCAUUAUCUAUCUAUCUAUUUGUUGCACCGGCCUCUAACACAAGGGAAUUACACCGACAUCUCCCAUUCUGGUCGUUUUCUAUUCAUGUAUCUAUCUAUGCAUCUAUAAAUAGAUAUCUCUCAUUCUGUACAUUAUCUAUCUAUCUAUCUAUCUAUCUAUCUAAUCAUAGACAUCUCCCAUUCUGGUCGUUUUCUAUUCAUGUAUCUAUCUAUGCAUCUAUAAAUAGAUAUCUCUCAUUCUGUACAUUAUCUAUCUAUCUAUCUAUCUAUUCUAUUCAUGUCACACAAUAUCUGAACACUACACUGCAUGACAGAUCGGACGGAAUUUCUGGGCAGACUGAUCGCGUGUUCUUGCGAUGGCCGACUAGGCAUCCAAACCACAUGCCAUGUGACUUCUUCCUCUGCCGUUAUGUGAAAGGCCUCUUGAACAUGCCCAUUCCACUUACAAGAGACGUGGAUGAUCUGAAUAUACGAAUAACGGAAGCGUUGACAACCAUCAACAAUGCGAUGCUUUGUCGAGUCUAG